UCACGACUUAAAUUUUCAUUGUGUAGACAAAAAUCUAAGAAUAGAGAAUCCAAAAUUUAGAUUUUCCCCCAUGAAUUUACUUUCGCGAACAGCGAAGAUUUUGAUUUUCUGCGUGGCUUAAAUUUCACGGACAUCACCAAAAUCCCGCAAUUCAUGUUUAAAUUAGGCGAGUUACGGUAUAUAUUGUCUGGCGUACGCGCUCUGGUAGUUAAUCUUAGUUCUUUUUUUUUAUCGAAGCUUCUGUUAUUAUGCACUCUUAUCAAAGUUUACCAAGGUAACAAAAGUUUCUUGAAUUUCUGCCGUUUUUUAGAUAAUAAAUAAUACAGAAAGAUACACGUUCUACCAUGAUAAAUCUUUACCUGCAAGAUAAUAAACUUUAUCAACAUUAAGCUGUACGUAGUAAUUGAUUGUUACGGAAUUUAAUUUUAUAUGUAUAUCAAGACAUCUAAUUGAUUUUAUUUGACCUCUUCUGAUUCUGUUUUUUUUUGUACAAUUUGAUCUAAUACAUUUUGUUUAUCAUGUCUAUUAUAUUUCUUGGCGAUCUAAUGCCAGGCCGUUUUAUUCGAAGAAAUAGUGCGGUACAUUGUGACCUGUUGCAAUAUUUACAAAGUGCGGAUUUAAGAGUAUGCAACUUAGAAGGUGUUGUGACGAGUUCUUGUCCUGACAUGUCAGCAAUAUGUCACUCACCUGUUGAUUACAUUUGUCAGCAUGGGAUUGACACUGAGCAAGCAAAGUUAUUAAGUGACAUUGGAAUCGAUUAUUGCAAUAUAGCAAACAAUCAUAUAUUGGAUUUUAAAUUUGAUGGUGUUAAAGACAGCAUACAGUUCUUGAAUGAGAAUGGGAUUAAAUGGUUUGGAUUUGGUAGAAAUUGGGAAGUGGCGUGGAAACCGAGGAUGUGUAAUUUAAAAUUGAGUAAUUUCAGUAAUGGCUAUGCUGGUGACAAUGUUAAAGUUGAAUCAAGGAAAGUUAAAAUUUCGUUUUUUGGACUUGCGGAUCAUUUUGUUGAAUGGAAAGCCACCAAUCAGAAGGCUGGAAUUAAUUAUUUUGAUGUUCGAAACUUUACAUGCGCAGGUGAAGGAAAUCCUAACCAUAGUGUGUGGACAAAUUUUCAAAUUAUUGAAGAGCAGCUUAACAAAGUUCGCAAAAAGACAGAUUUAACCGUGUUCAGUAUCCACUGGGGUGAUAAUUUCCAAGAUGGAGUGUUGGAAUCAUUUCGACUGUUUGCACACUGUUUAAUUGAUGCUGGUGUCAAUAUUGUACACGCACACUCUUCUCAUCAUGUUCAAGCUGUGGAAGCUUAUAAUGAAGGCGUUAUUAUGUAUGGUUGUGGAGAAUUUCUAAAUGAUUAUGACCUACUAGAAAAACAAUUGAACAAGCACGAUGAGACACUUGGUCAUGAAUACGUUACUUACAGUAGCCAUCUUAGCUUCGUUUACAAGAUACACUUGUCUUCAUCAAAAGAAAUUAGACUGAGUAAGCUAGAAAUGGUCCCCAUUGUAGUGAAACAAGGACAAGUGGCAUGCUGUACCCAAAAUGAGAGGGAAACACUGUUUGCGCAGAUAAAGGAGAAAUGUGAUGUGUUUGGAACAAAGUUAAUUCAAGAAGAUAAUAAACUUUUUGUUUAUAUCACUUGAUAUAAUUGUUCGAUUUAAAUGUCCAGUGAUAGGCCUUGCUGGAAGUGAUUAUUAUUUGUUCUGUUCGGCACGCCAUCGCUAUUUUACUUACACUGAUAUUUGUUGUGUUUGGCACCCCAUCGCUAUUUUACUUAAGCAAAUACCAAUUUGUUUUAAGGUGUGUAGCAAUUAGUGUUUUCGUUCUUUAAAGACAACGUACGCUUUCUGCGUAUGGUUUUAAUGCUUUUAUACAAGUAUUAAUCCAUACAUAACACAUGAUUAUAUUAUAUCUGUUCAAUUUUUAUCUUGAUGCUAUAAUAUUUCAUGCUUUGAAUGUAUGUAUGCAAUUUAGAUAAUAAGUCAAUGUCAUUUUCUACCUGUUAUGGUCCAUAUUUCGAAGAUAUAGUAAAAAAAAAACUUUUAUACAUGGAUACUAAGUGAAUAAUGCAAUCUAAAAAAGGGUAACUGCUUUAUUGUCAUUCAUUAUAAUUACAAUAUUUGUACUUUUUCUUUUGCUGCCAAUAUUUGUGUCAUUAGGCGUUUUUUUUUCUUCUCAUCUAUAUUAUAAUGCCCGUAUACGUCUGUCUGUCCGUCCGUCCCCCCCUCUGUCUGUCACGCAAAAUGGUAGCUUAGCUGCGACGGGCGAACCCGCAGAUUUUUCCACGGGCUAGUUCUCGAAUAUUUCACGACAAAUUUGUAACACUUGAUUCGCAAAAAAAAAUUUUCAGGAUAUUUUUUUAGCCAACGUAUGAAAUGGUAAUUUAGGCAAGUACAAAGUGAAGGAAGAUGCCUUUCAACAAAAUGUAAAUUAGUGGUUUAAUUCAUGUGUUUUUUUCUUGUGUAUCGAGUGGCGAUAGCCAGAUUCAAUUACCGUAUCCAUAGCAGUUCUUAAUAAUUUCCUGAAGAUUUGCCAGAUAGUGUUUUGGUUUUUUGUUCUGGAUCAUUUCAAUUUUUAUUAGUUUUAUUUAAAAUAUGACAGUUUUAUACGAGUUUUUUAUAUAAAGUAAUGAAUUUCAAAAACCUCAAAAUCUGAAGAACAUUUUAAUCCACAACUUCAACGACGUGUUAGAGUCCAAUUUUUAGAGACCUUGAUAUUUAAGUUUACAGUUUACUAAAUUACAAUAAUUUCAAUGUGCCCGUGGGACAUAAAUCCUGAACCACUUGUGCUUCAGUUGGAGAUUGUGUUAGUACAAACUCAAUCCAGGUAAAAAAUAAUUUGAUGACGUCAUAGGGAUUAGAAAUGACGUCACACAUGUGAAAAAUGGUCAUUUUCCCAAUUUUUCAAUUCAUUUUAAUUUCUCGCGUGUUACUAAUGAUACAGCCUUGAUUCUUGCUAGAUUUGUGGAACGAACACUAGAAUAUAUGUUUCACAUGAAAAAAAGUAGUUUUAAUGACGUUAUUGGGAUGAAAAAUGACGUCAUUUCGGCCAGAAAAUUUCUUAUUUUAACAAUAUAGAUACAAAGAACCGUUCUACCGGAAAUAUUGAUAUUCAUGUCAUUAAGCUUGGCAUAAAUGUUGAACAGGGCAUGUAAAGAGAAUUGAGGUAAUUAAAACAAUAUAAUGACGUCAUUGGAAUCCGAAAUGACGUCAAUUUGCUGGAUCGAUAUUUCCUUCAAAUCUGGGCUGCUUUUGUCCCUAGUAACCAUAUAUAGCCUUAGCAACACCUUGGUUACCACUUAGUAACUAACAUGCAUGUAAUAAAUAUUUAUAUACCCAAUACAACAUCUUAUAACAUUCUUACAUGAAUGUCAACGGUUUUCAAAAUUCCAAAAAAAUUUACCCCCGUCCAAAAAAUGCAAUACCCCAGCAAAGUACAAUUUUUUUUCCAAAUUUUUUUUCUUUCAUCAGAAGCCCUAAUAAAAGUUAGAAAUAGUUACAAAAUUUUAGCACUUAAUCACAUCCAAAGUUAUGCCUAGUCAAAGACGCCGCGGGCAUAAUAGGGCCUAGGUAUAAUAGCGUUCAAGAGUUUUUUUGGAGGAUUCUUCAAUUGUUUAAAGUUUCUGACAUUUUUUGUUUGCAACUUUUAGCCAACUGCAAUUUUGUAGUACUAGUAGAAGAGGUUUAUAUUGUGUCCCUAAACUUGCAUUAAACUUUUCCAUCUUGUAGCAUAUUAUGAGAAAAAGUUUAAUACUUAAUCUAUACAGUACAAUUUUUAUACGGACGUUCAUAACUACGACAGCGCAAAGAA